UUUUAAAAAAAACUCAGCCAAAGUAUAGAUAAUUCUAUAAAUAAGUUUACCACCAUAAGAAAUUUCAAAAUGAUAAGAAGAUUACUGUGAUAAUAUGCAUUUAUCAGAUUGUGAUAUGCCACAUUUUUGUCUACUAUAAUUUUUAGGUUAUGUUUAUACAUGACUUCACGUUUAUGUAUAUCGUAUGUCACAUCGAAGUAAGUGAUAACGAUAUAAUGAAUGUGAAUUCUGUCGUCAUUGUUACACAAUUAUUUCUUUUGUUAAACAUAUAACUUAAAAUAACAGAUGUCUAAGUUAGACAUAACAAUUUAUGAGUAUUUUUUAUGUAUUUAAAGAAUUCUAAGACGAUUAUUUUUUUCUGAAGUAUGACAAGAUCACAUAUAAAAUAUCAAAUUGCGAAAGAUACAGAUGAUACAUCAGAUUAUUUUCUCGAACCAGUCCAAGAGUUUCCAAAUCUGUCUAAAAAAGAAGUAUCUUUUUGGAAAAAAUCUUUUCAAAUUAUCAUAUUAAUUCUGUGCUAUUUUGUGUUGUCUGUAGGUUUAACUUUUUAUGUACAAUGGCUUUAUAAUACAUAUGGAUUUCAUUUUCCACUUGUUGUGGUGAUAUGUCACUUAUUAAUAAAAUUUUUGUUUUCUGCCUCAAUAAGAUGUAUUAAAACAUGUUGGAAGAAACAACAACAAUUAAAACUUCCUUUACAAAGCAUAAUAGGAAUGGUUAUGCCAAUUGGCAUAGCUAGUGGCCUUGAUAUAGGUCUAUCAAAUUGGGCAAUUUCAUUAAUUACUAUGUCAUUAUAUACUAUGACAAAAUCGACUUCUAUUAUUUUUAUUCUUGGAUUUGCACUCUUUUUGAAGUUGGAGAAAAAGUCUUGGACAUUAUCAUGUAUUGUAGUAAUGAUAUCAGGAGGUUUAUUUAUGUUUACUUAUAAAUCAACACAAUUUGAAGUUUUUGGAUUUGUAAUUUGUCUCUUAGCAUCAUUUUUAAGUGGUAUUCGGUGGACUAUGACACAACUAGUUAUGCAAAAAUCUAAACUUGGAAUGAAAAGUCCAAUUGACAUGAUGUACUAUAUGCAGUUAUGGAUGUUAUUACCUAUUGUACCAGUGAUGAUAUGGUUUGAAGGAUCUCAUCUAUACAAUAGUUUUAAAAAUACAGAUUGGAAUGAUGUUCAAACUAUUACAAUGACUAUAAUUGCUGUAUUUGGAAGUGCUAUUAUAGCUUUCCAUAUGGAAGUUAUGGAAUUUUUAGUUGUUACAUAUACUUCUAGUCUUACACUUUCAAUUAUUGGCAUAAUUAAGGAAAUAUUUAUUUUAAUUUUGGCUGUUGAAUGGGAAGGUGAUCAAAUGAGUCAUCUUAAUUUUGUAGGAUUGUUAAUGUGCCUUUGUGGAAUCACAAUUCAUACGAUACAAAAAGCAUUAUCCAAUAGGAACAAAAAAGCUGAAAAUUUGGAAUUACAAGUAAAUUCUCUUUCAAGUAAUAAUUUUAAAACUGAAGAGGUAAUCGAUACAAAUUUACCUUUGUUAACUCAAAAAUCAACAUCGCUAACAAAUCUUUUAAACGCGGAAUUCAGUUCAGAUGAAGAUGAUACAGUUAAACAUGGUGAGAAUUCUACUCAGAUACUAUCUAACAUAUUGCAACGUAGGGAACAGUAAAGUCUAAACUUUAACAUUGAUAUACAAGGACAUAAAAUUUAUUUAUUCUGAAAAGUCAUUCCAUAUCUAAUUAUAUACUAUUUCCCGCAUUUUAUACAUAUUUUUACACCUCAAUUUAAUUAUUAAAUUUAUAAUCCU